UCCCGGAAGUGAAACACCUUGAGUGUGAUGUUGUUACCCUGCCAUCGGUCUCCGGUGUUUCUCCGUUAGUGUGUUUAUGUAAUUGUUCGUUUGAAGUGUUUUUAUUUUAAACUCGUUCACCGGAGCAGAUGUCCGCGCAGGGCGACUGUGAGUUUUUGGUGAAACGCGCGCGGGAGCUCGUGACACAGGAUCCGUAUGGCGCAAAAGCCUGGCUCAUCACCGCGCGCACACUCUACCCCACAGACUUCAACAUACAGUAUGAGAUGUACAGCAUUGAGCGGAAUGCAGAGAGGAAGGCUUCUGCUGGCAGACUUCUCUAUGACAUAUUCAUGAAUUUCCCCGACCAGCCGGUGGUUUGGCGUGAGAUUGCUGUGAUAACGGCUGCGUUACGAAACGACAGUCAGGACAAACAUGCACAGUUUCUCAAAGGUGUUUUUGAGACUCUUCCUGGUCCUGUCCAGUGUAAGAUGCUCUUGAAGGCCACAGAACAGUGUUUCAACACUCUGGAGAAAGCUGAGAUGCUGCUGCUGUUAUUGAAGAGAUUCCCAGAGUCUGUAGUUCAACACGGAGUCAGUUUAGGAGAGUCACUGUUAGAGACGGAGUCUAUGGAGAAUUUGGACACACCGGUCAACUGUUUCAGGAAGUUGUUUGUAUGUGAUGUUCUACCAUUGAUCCUGAACAAUCCAGAAAUGUGUCUUCCUGCCAGUCUGCUGUAUAAAUAUAUGCAUAAAGCAGCAGAGUUUUAUAUAUGUUACGUCACACGGGAGCCGUCAGCUGACGGACAGAUACAGGCCUCGCAGGAAGUGGGCGGUCUGAAGUCUCCAGGCCGGGGGCGUGGUCAGCGUCAUGUGAUUGACGGGCUGUCGGAGAAGUCGUCAGUGGUGACGGAGCCGUGGGAGCGACUGCUGGAGAUGGUGGGCGUGGUCGGCUCGCUCUGUGAUUGGCAGGGAGAGAAAGGAAGCAGGUCAUACUCUGAGCUCCUGCAGCGUACAACAGAGUUGUGUCGAUUCAUGUUGGCAGCGGAUGGAGAAGGGUUUGUGCGCUGCUGUGGUCAGAUCGUCACAUGCUGCACACUGGUGUUGUUUCACAGCGCUUUUCACUACGUCUCUGCAGUGCAGCCGUCACUCUUUCAGGGUCACAGUUCUGUGAGCUCGUGUCCGUGGGUUCUGCUGGAGGAUCUGUCCAGUGUUUACACUGAUGUAGAAGUGGAGCGAAAACACGCACACAAGAAACGCAAACUGGCCGACGGACGAGAGAAAACCAUGAGCUCUGAUGAUGAGGAUGUGUUGAAUAAAUUCAGAGGGAGACACAUUAUAAUGAAUAAAUCAGAGAUGACGAAUUGGGCGGAGACUUUAGAGCACUUCCGCACAGCGAGAGAGAGUUGGGAGCUUCUGCAUUCUCAUCAGAGCCUGGAGACAGAGUUCAUAAAGAUCUGUACAGCAUGGAAAACUGAGAUGUGGUUAUGGUUCCGGAUCUUUCUCUCAGAUAUGAUCAUUUAUCAGGGUCAGUACAGAAAGGCUCUGUCCAGUCUGGCUCUGAUGUCAUCUUUACAGCUCCAGCAGAACCAGAACCCUCUUUCAGCCACUGCAAACCUGGAGAUCCACAGAGCCGUUAUACAGCAGGCGUCCUGUCACUACGCACUGGGAGAGUACAGGAUGGCAUGUGAAAAACUUCUAGAGGUGGUCAGCGGUCUGAUGCCACAGAAUCAGGAAAUGAUGAAGAGCAGCGAGGAGCAGUGUAAACCUCGGAACAAAACCAGGAAAGGUAACGACCUGAGACUCGUCCCCUGCACCAGUAAAUCCAUUCUUCCGUUCUGUCUUCAGCUGAUGCUGGCGUGCUUUAAGCUGAGGGCUUUCACAGACAACAGAGAUGACCUGGCUCUUGGUCAUGUGAUCGUGCUCCUGCAACAUGAUUGGCCGCAGGGUGAGAAUCUCUUCCUGAAAGCAGUGGAUAAGAUCUGUCAACAGGGCAGCUUCCAAUACGAGAACUUUUUCAACUAUGUCACCAACAUUGACAUGUUAGAGGAGUUUGCUUACCUCCGCACAACAGAAGGAGGGCGGGUCCAGCUAGAGCUGCUGCCCAAUCAGGGGAUGCUCAUCAAGAACCCCAGCCCCGCCCUGGGGGUGGAGUUAAACACCCUGCUGCUUCCAGGGGCUCAGAAGGCUGACAGACAUCACACCAUAACUCGAGGCAUCACCAAAGGCGUGAAAGAGGAUUUCCGACUGGCAAUGGAGCGUCAGGUGUCACGUUGUGGUGAGAACCUGCUCAUGGUGCUGCACCGUUUCUGCAUUAACGAAAAGAUCAUCCUAAUCCAGUCGUUACCCUAAAUAACCUGUGACCUAAGAUUCACGGAAAACAUUGUUUCAGACAGCUCUUUCAGUCCUGCUUCACAUAGAGUAACCUCAUCCUAAAGUGUCCAACUGCAGUUGCAAGGAAACAGAAGAAAAUCUACAUUCCACUCAACAUAAUAAAGAAGAAAACAUGUAAGGACAAUUGAAGUGCAUCGUAUGUGAAGCUGCACAAGUUCACCCAGUAUAUCUGAUCAAAAACAUGGUUUUAUUUCAGGUAUUAAUUAACAAACAUAGAAUAGAUUCAGCAUUUGCUCAUUCUGUGCUAUUGAAAUACAGAUUACACUGUAGAAAGCAAAGGCAAUUUGUUUUUCAUAUUGUAUUAUUAUAAAAUGAUAGACUCUGGACUGUUUUGUUGUAGAAAAUGUUUUGCUGCCAGCUCUUAAGAAAUAAAACAGUGUUCUGCUUGG